UUGAAUAUUACGCACACACGCACACAAACCAGAUACAGAAAUCAAAGACACCUACUCAUUGAAUGAAUAUUUGUGAAUGUCAUAUGAAUGAAUUUUUGGGUCGAUCUCAGCAACAGUUUUAUCAGCCGAAAACAAAAGAGAAUCUUUCAACCACCAUUGUUUCAUCUAUUCCAGAAAUCUAACCAAUCUGCAAACAUUGUGUAUAUCCGGUUUUUUGCAAACAAACUCAUAUUAUUCUUGGUUAUUAAAGUAAAUAUUGUUAUCACAAUCAAUUGACCGAAGAAUUAAAUAACUGACGCCAAACAAAAAUAGUACGAAGAAAAUAAGGAAGACAGCAGCAUUAUGAAGAUCAUUGAAAUUUUCAACGACGAAAACGACGAUCAACAAGAUUUUGCCAUAAAUCGAAGACCCGAACAACAAGGUAUCAAUUCUGACGAUAACAAACAACAACAACAACAACAAUAGUGAAGAAGUAGAAGAAGAAAUGGAAGAAGAACGACAAUUUACGUUUGAAGAUGUCGAUUCGGAUGAUGUUGGUAGUGAUGAUGAUAGUGAUUCGUUAGAGGUUUCGACUACCAUCAAAGGUCAUAAUCAACCAUUAUCGCAACGUCGCAACAAUUAUAUUGUUGAUUUAGUUGAUGAUUUUCCUAAUGUAACAUCAGGCAAUCAUCGUGGCAAGGAAUAUGUAUCUGGUGUCCAUAAAUCAACUGAUUCAGGGAAUGACGAUGAAGAUGAUGACGAUGAUGAUGAUGUUGAUUCGGAUAACCUGGAUGAUGACAUUCUACGAAUGAGUUUGGAUGAACGAAAAUAUGCCAGUAAUCCGAUACCGAUACCAGAUGAAUAUGGAACGAUCAAAAAUGCUGUUGGCGGUGGUGGUGGCGGUAAUAAUAAUCGUACUAAACACCAUCGACGACGUAUGCAUCAUCAUCGACGUAAAAAACGUCAUGAACGAAUCACUACAAUCAGUAGUGUUGGGGCCAUAAAUUUUUCUGAUCUAUACUACCUCAGUGGUGAAGUACUUGGUGAAGGUGCCUAUGCAUCCGUGCAUGAAUGCCGUAGUUUUGAACAUGACCAAAAACGUUAUGCCGUCAAAGUGAUUGAAAAAGGUGAACGUGGCCAUAGCCGUAGCCGAGUGUUUCGUGAGAUUGAAAUAUUCUUCAAGUGUCGUGGCCAUCAGAACAUCAUUCAGUUUGUUGAAUAUUUCGAAGAUAAUGAUCGUUUCUAUUUGAUUUUUGAAAAAGUCGAAGGCGGACAAUUGUUGGCACACAUUCAGAAACGAAUACAUUUUACCGAACACGAAGCAAGUCAAAUUGUACGUGAUAUUGCUAAUGCACUUAAAUUUCUACAUAGUCGUGGUAUCGCACAUCGCGAUCUCAAACCCGAAAACAUACUUUGCUAUUCAGAAAGUCAAGUAUGUCCGGUCAAGAUUUGUGAUUUUGAUCUUGGUUCCGGUAUCAUUCCGUCGGAUAGUUCACCUGUAUCGACACCCGAAUUGCUCACACCAGUUGGUUCGGCUGAAUUCAUGGCGCCCGAAGUUGUCGAUGCAUUCAUGGGUGAAGCUUCUCCCUACGAUAAAAGAUGCGAUUUAUGGUCGCUUGGUGUGAUUACCUAUAUAUUGCUUUGUGGUUAUCCACCAUUUUAUGGCUGCUGUGGAUCCGAUUGUGGCUGGGAACGUGGUGAAUUUUGCCAAUCAUGUCAAGAUCAAUUAUUUACCUGCAUUCAAAAAGGUGUUUAUGAUUUUCCCGAACGAGAAUGGGCAUACAUAUCGGAAGAGGCUAAAGAUCUCAUUCGUCAUCUAUUGGUGAAAGAUGCAAGCCAACGUUAUACGGCUGAAAUGGUUAUUAAUCAUCCAUGGGUACAGUAUGGUGGUCCACGUACCUUCUUGCAAACGCCCAAAAUAAUUCGUCGAAAUAAUUCAGCUAAAGAUUUGGCUGCAUUUGCUGAAAGUGCCAAUGCUAUGAAAAGAUUGUUCUUUAAAAAUCUUUAUUCGAAUUCCAUCAGUUUGGUGGCCGAAUUGGGCAGCCAAAAUUCGCGGCAAAAAUUGUUUUCGCAUAUUGAAAAAUCCGAUGAAGGUGAUUCUGGUACCGAUCAUGAAUGUAACAGUGCUCUUGGUGGUGAUGGCAGCGAAUUUUAUGGGCUACAAUUUUCAUUGCAACAACAAACAUCGACCGAUUCAGAUAAUACAGCCACCAGCACCACCAACAGUGGUGAUAAUUCGCCCCCAUUGAAAUUUAUCUCAAAUGAUCUCGAUUAUCUUGUCGUUAAGCAGCAACAACCACAACAUCAACAACAACAACAACAAAAUGAUGAUAUGAUGAAUGCUUGGUCGACUAAAAUGUCUACAUUCGAUUAUUAUCGGCAACAAUUACAAAUGGAACAGCAAUUUCAACCAGUUUCUCGUGAUCGAAAUUAUUCCUUUGGACAACAACAGGCAAACAAUAAUAAAAUGAAUAAUAAUCUGGCUCGUCAAGCAAUCAUUCGUAAUGGUAAAAAUAAUGGUCGUGGUCAACCACCGAAAAUCCGUAUGACUCUUUCAUUAGAUCGAAAGAAUUUUCCCGGCAUAGUCUUAAUAUAAUCAUCAUGAGUUUGCUUCAUCAUCAUGACCGGUAUAAUCGGAUUAGAUUGAAGACAAUAAUAAUCAAUAAUAUAACUUUGAAUAUAACAUGUACCGGAAAUCAUAUAUAAACCCACCUAAUAUUAUUAUCAUCGUUUGUUAAAUUAGUCUUCAAAGGAUAAAAAAAAAAAUUUUCAUGUCAUCACUGCUAAUUGUCAUCAUUUCAUGCAUAUAAUAAGCCAUUUAUAUGUGUUGUUGCCUGUGUAUACUAUUUAGAUUUUUGCUGUUGAAAAAAAAAUCUAUAUAAUCUGUGAAAAAAAAAAAAAUUAUUCAUUUACCUCGUCAAUGAAAACAAAACGAUUCAAAGAAUGACGAAUGAAGACUUUGGUUGAUUGAUCAAGCCAACAUCAUCAUCAUCAUCAUACAUAAAGACAGACACACACAUACAACAACACAUUACAAUUACCUUCCACAAUCAACCUCUGAUGUAUUUGUGAUUUGUUUUUUCUUAAUUUCUCAUUCAAUUUCUAUAGCACA